AUGCUCUACGGACUGGAGAACACCAAUACGACCAAAUGUGCGCUCGAUGCGAAGAAUCUCGAGGCAUUCACGCAGAAGAGCUUCUCAGACCUCGUCUACGAGGCCCAUUCAAGGGGAGAGGACUACUACAUCGCACGUGUCCAAUGCAGUGGCACCAAUGGCGAUCCGUACUUCUACUGCUACGAUGCAAAGCACCUCUGCAAAUUUGUAUUUGAAAUGGUCAUUUCUGCUGAAGGAAGACGCAUAAGAAUCAAGAACUUCUCCGACCCAAUACACUCUAAGGAUAUCAUGGAAAUCAACUUCUUCAAAAUGCGAUACGACAGCGAUACGCCACUAAGGGCGGAGUAUGCUGGAAACCACAUCAGCUUUCUGGAGUCAAACGUGUUCAGAAGCAAGAUAUUCUUCCAGGAAGAGGCAUUGGAUGCUCUAAGUGUUAAUUUCCAGUUUAAGAAUGACACGAAGAGUAGGGUCGUGCCUAAGAGGAAGUUUGUGCUCUUUUUGGGGCUGAUGAUGUUCUUGGUUCUCUUUGGGCUGGUCUCAUACGUUGGUUUGAAAAUGAGCCAUGGCUACUUUGAACCCGAGACACAGGUAAAUAGAGAACCAAAAACAAAGGCAGCUAAGAAUGCCAAAGCAAAACCAGUCAGCAUCAAAUCCAAAAGACCGACACAACUACGGGUCAAGCAGCCUGCUGAAUUAUACGUGAAGGUGUAA